GACUCGGUGGCGCCAACACAGAGCUUAUGCUGCUUACAAACAGCAACAGAAAGCUUCUUUGAUUCUCCAAUGCUUGUGGAGGGCACGCAUUGCAAGAAAGGAACUUCGGAAACUGAGAAUGGAAGCAAGAGAGACCGGCGCACUGAAAGAAGCAAAAGACAAGCUAGAAAAGAGAGUAGAAGAACUGACAUGGCGGUUAGACGUCGAGAAGCGUUUGAGGGCUGACCUUGAAGAAGCAAAGAGCCAUGAAAUUGAAAAGUUGCAAUCUGCACUGCAAAAAAUGCAAGAAAAUCUCAAGGAAGCCCAUGCAACAAUAGUAAAUGAGAAAGAGGCUGCAAAGUUAGCGAUUGAACAGGCACCACCAAAGAUAGUAGAAGUGCCGGUUAUUGACAAUGCAAAACUUGAGGAGUUGACAACCCAAAAUAAAGAACUUGAGGAGGAACUAAGUACGUUUAAACAGAAGGCUGAGGAUCUUGAAAAUAAGCUUAUUGAGUUCCAAAAACAGUCUGAUGAACUGUCACAGGAGACACAAGAACAAGCAUCCAAAGUUAUUCAACUUCAAGAGCUGGUCGAAAGGCUUGAAGCAAGUUUAUCCAAUAUGGAAUCUCAAAACCAAGUUCUACGACAAUAG